AUGGAACUUGAAGCAUACACAGAUGCAGAUUAUGCCGGUUCAGUCACUGAUAGAAGGUCAACAUAUGGGUAUUGUACUUUUCUUGGUGGAAACUUAGUGACCUGGAGGAGCAAGAAACAACCGGUGGUUGCCAGGUCCAGUGCAGAGGCAAAGUUUCGGUCUAUGGCACAGGGGAUUUGCGAGCUGUUAUGGCUAAAGAUUAUACUAGAUGAUUUGACGAGAAAGUGGCAGACACCGAUGAAGCUUUACUGUGACAAUAAGUCUGCGAUCAAUAUUGCUCACAAUCCUGUCCAACAUGACAGGACUAAACAUGUGGAGGUCGACAGACAUUUCAUAAAAGAAAAACUUGAAAGUGGGUUGAUUUGUACCCCUUAUGUCUCUACUUGUGGUCAGCUAGCAGAUGUUCUAACUAAGGGGGUGGCGAGCUCAACCAUGAACGGCCAACAGGAUCACAAUAAAGGGACAAGUCGGAGCGUAGAGAUUUUUUCUGAUGCUGAUUGGGCAGGAUCCAUAACAGAUCAAAGAUCCACUUCAGGCUAUUGUUCCACUUGGUCACUUGGAGAAGCAAGAAGCAAUCUGUGGUUGCUCGAAGUAGUGCCGAAGCUGAAUUUAGAGUUAUUGCACAUGGAAUAUGCAAAGAAAUCAAGGGUGAAUAGGGGAAUUGUGGCUUUGUUCACCACUUCUAGGAAAAUUUCAGAAUUAUGGCGAUUCGCAGCAAAAUCAAAGAUGAGAUAUCCUGAGAUGACGUUCAGAGGUCGGAUUACGUAUAGCAGGACAGCAGUUGAGGUGGAGAGAGCUGCCAUGCAGCUUCUGAAGACUAUUGAAGCAAAGAAAAGCGAAGGGAGUCAAGCUGCAAUUGGGUUUGAUAUCGAGUGGAGAGCCUCAUUUAGAAAAGGUGCUUCACCUGGGAAGGCUGCGGUUAUGCAGAUCUGUGUAGACACUGGCCAUUGUCAUGUAAUGCACAUUAUUCAUUCUGGAAUACCCAAAAGUCUGCAGUUACUUCUUGAGAAUUCUAUGCUUUUGAAGGUUGGAAUCGGCAUUUGCAACGAUGCUGUUAAGGUUUUCAAAGAUUAUAAUGUAUCUGUGAAAGCAGUGGAGGAUCUUUCCUACCUGGCUAAUCAGAAGCUUGGUGGAGACUCUCAAAAGUACUGGAGUCUUGCCUCUCUUACUGAGAACCUUAUCUCCAAACAGCUUCCUAAGCCCAAAAGAAUUCAACUUGGAAAUUGGGAAGCCGAUGUUUUAACCAAGGACCAGCUACAGUAUGCUGCCACCGAUGCUUUUGUCUCGCGGUAUCUAUAUGAGGUUUUAAGGAGUCUACCUGAUGUAGAAAAGGUUGCUACUAACAAGACUAGUGAAGAGGUAAAAGAUGCGUUGCCAAGUGGCCAAAGUGAACAUGCUCUUGAUGCCAGAACAAGAGACCAAGCAGUUAAAUGAUAUCAAAUUUAUGGGAAGCACACCUUACGUUUAGCUGGUUGGGGGGCCAAUUGGUCCAACCUCGAUCGGGAUUGGGAUUUUGCAGGGAAACAGUCCCACAUCCGACAGUCAAGAUAAGCCGUCUCCAUUAAGAAGUAAAAAACAUAGGGCCUGUUUGGUUCCGUUUUUGUUUUCGUUUUUCGCGUUUUCCAAGAACCAAAAAAUGAAAAUGCUCUGAGGGAGCCGUUUGGCAGCAUUUCUUGAAAAACAGAAAAUGAAAACGUUUUUUACUUUAUUCUUAAAAACUUAGCAAAACUGAAAACGAUUGAAUAUCGUUUUCAGUUUUCCAUUUUCAUUUUCUUUCCCCGAUGGACCAUUCUUCUCCGACUACACCCCCCACCUCCACACCCAAGCUGUAAUCGUAAUAUAAGCCCCAAGUCGCAACUUGCUCUUCUUCUUCUUCCAAUUCUAAGCUGUAAUCGAAUCUCAAUCAAAAAGUCAACUCAAAUUCCUCUGCCCCCCCACUCGUCUCCGCAUUUUCCCCCUCUUCUCCUGCCUUGACCUCACUGCCCCUAACC